GUAAGAGCAAACAGUGCAGAUAAAAGGUUGAGGAGCCUGAGACUCUGCAUUCAGUCCUACAAUUUAAAUUGCCGUCUUGAGCUGAGUUUGAAGGCGACAACAUGACAUCCCUUGUGCUGAGAAGCUCGGAUCUUCAACAAACAUCCAAUGCAGCUGUUCAUAAUACCAGUGACUAUGUCACCAAAGUCCCAAUUGUGAGAAGAGGUCUCGUCAUGAAUUUGACAUUGACUUUCAGUCGAGAUUUACAAAGCACAGAGAAUCUGGCCUUAGUGGUGGAGACAGGUCCCUCUCCUUCAGCAAGCACAAAUACAAGGGCUGUAAUGCCAGUAUCCAGUUCCCCAAGCACCAACACCUGGAGUGCCACCAGUAAAUCAAUCAGCGCUGGAACUAUAAAUGUGUCUAUCAAUAUUCCUGUCAAUGCUGUCAUCGGUCCUUACAAGAUUACUGCGCAAAUCACAAGUGCAGGACGCACAAACACUUACAAUGUUGGAAAAUGUAGUGUUGUCUUUAAUCCUUGGGAAUCAGGUGAUGAGGUAUACAUGAGUAACGAUUCAGAAAGAAAGGAAUAUGUUCUCAAUGAAAAUGGACUAAUAUUCGCUGGAAGUACAAGUUAUGUAGGGAGAAGAAUGUGGGACUAUGGCCAGUUUGAAGAUGGAAUAGUGGACAUUUGCUUCCAGUUGCUACAAAAGAGUGCAGAAUACAGAGCAGACCCUGCUACACAUGUCUCAAAAUGUAAUGACCCUGUCUAUAUCUCAAGGAUAUUAAGUGCUAUGGUUAAUAGCCAAGAUGACGGGGGAGUAAUAGUGGGGAACUGGAGUGGCAAUUACUCAGGAGGUCAAAAUCCAACUUCAUGGGAUGGAAGUGUUGCCCUCCUUCGAAGCUGGAGUCAAUAUGGACCUGUCAGAUUUGGACAAUGCUGGGUGUAUGCUGGAGUGCUCUGUACCGUACUGCGAUGCCUGGGAAUACCUGCCCGUGUCAUAACGAAUUUUGAAUCAGCUCAUGACACCAAUAACAACCUAUUGAUUGAACAAUACUAUGAUAUAUAUGGAAAAAAUUUAGGAUCCCCUGACAGCGUGUGGAAUUUUCAUGCUUGGGCUGAAGGGUGGUUUAAGAGAAAAGAUAUAGGUUCAACAUAUGAUGGAUGGCAGAUUCUGGACGCAACCCCACAGGAACCAAGUGGAGGCAGCUACCGCCUUGGGCCAACUUCCCAAAAAGCUAUAAAAGAGGGAGAUGUGAACCUGCCCUUCGAUGGACCAUUUGUACUUGCUGAAGUUAAUGCGGACAGAGCAAACUAUACCAAAAUGUCGGAUGGAUCGCUUAGAACUCUUUACACUGAUACUCGAUCAGUUGGGCAAUACAUCUCUACAAAAGCAGUUGGAACUUUCUCCCGCCUUGAUGUUACUAAUGACUACAAAUAUCCGGAAGGGACCACACAAGAAAGGGAUUCUUUUCAAAAAGCUAAAAGAUUGUUGGCAAGACCAGAGAGAGUCAUGCUUUCUAGCAGAAGACUUACUGAAGGAGGAUCAUUUGCCAGCCUUGCUCGAGAAGCAGAAAAGCCACUGGUCCAGGAAGCACCAAAACCUGAAAUCACUGGUACCUUCAAGCUGAGUGGGGAGCCACAGGUUGGAGAAGACUUCACAGUCUCGCUGAAAAUAAAAAAUCCUUCCUCUAGCAAAAAGCAAGUGAAUGCCAAGUGGACUCUUACAGCAAUUGUAUAUAACAGAACUCCAGUGAAAGAAAUACUAAGCAAUUCACAGUCGGUCACAUUGGCUCCUAAUGAAGAGAAAUCUAUAGAGAUCACUGUUCAGUACGCUCAGUAUGAAAAUGUCCUAACGCCUGACAAUAUGAUCCUAGCUACCGCAGUGUGUGUUGAAGAAAAUGGAGGAAGUUUGUUGGUUGAUACAGUUAUCACCUUGAAGAAUCCACCUCUGCAGCUGAAGGCCACUGAACGUAUCGUUUUGGGCAAAAAGGUCACUGUGGGCGUCUUUUUCACAAAUCCGAUUUCAGAAAAUAUCACAAAAUGUGUGGUCACCCUACAGGGCAGCGGCGUUCUGAAGAAGCCUCUUGAAGUCCCUUUGCCAAAUCUGAAAGCCAAUCAGAGAAUAAGAACCGAAAUUGAACUGAUCCCAUACCGAACAGGCCAAAGAGGCAUCAUUGCUGGUUUCUCGUGCGACAAAUUCUCUGAUGUGAAGGGUUACCAGGCCAUUGAUGUAGCUGCAGCUUAGAACUGUCAGUACUGACAGCGGCAAGAUAUUUCUAUAGGAUUGGAAGAAACUUUUUAUAUGAAUAGAAGAAUAAUAUAUAUUCCUAUGAAUAAUGAAGUAAUAAAAGAUCUGAACCAGACAAGGUUUUCUAACCUUUCCUCAUAAGCACACAAAAUACAACUGACCAUACUGAAGUUCAACUAAGCUAACAUAUCCAUUAAGCAUGCGAACAAAACCUAAAAAUAUGUAUUAUUAAAUAAAAAUAUUCUCAAACAUU